AUGUCUGAAGAGAGCCGACCUUUUAUUUCACGCGGAUCGGGAUCGUUGUCGGAGAAAUCGGAUGAGUCGUCUGAAAAUUUCGUGAUUGAGCGCCAUCAAUCCAAGUCUCUGCGGUUUCUGCGGAUUGCUUGUGUUCUGGAACUCAUUGCUCUCAUCGUGCUGGCGGCUGGACUCGUUCUUGCUUUCAAAACAAGACCUUCAGAAUCAGAUUCGGAUCUUGAAUGCGCCCGAAAGGUAUCAGCUUAUUCCCCUCUUCUCGCAGAACCUGACUUGGUCAAAUAUACGGAGUACGAUCUUCCACUAUACUUUAACGAGAAAACGGAUUAUCGUGGUCCACCAACCCCAGAGAGGGAGGUAAUGUGGGAGAAACUUUGGCACCAGGGUGCAUUUGAAGUUCCCGAAGACAAAUUGGGUGUCAUGAACAAAUCACAUUCAGGUCGGACAUAUAAACAUGUUCCACCGGAAGUCGGAACUGGUUAUGCGGCUCAGCUGGAAGUCCUCCAUCAGUUGCAUUGUGUGCACAUGCUUCGACAAUGGUCCUACAAAGAGCACUGGCUUGACCGAGGACUUGACUUACCUGGAAGUCUCUACGGAGACCCAAAGCUCACGAGGAUGCAUCUAGAUCAUUGCAUCGAGGUUUUACGAGCAAACAUCAUGUGUAGGUACAUCUGA